UGAUCUCGCAGUGCGUGCUCUCGCGAGAUGUGUGCAAAUCUCGUUGGGCAGGUACAACCCGGACCACAACACCUGCGGGGCUAGCAGCGGAGCCUCAUUCAACUCAAAAUGUUUGAAAAGUUUGAGGAGAGCAGUGGGACAGAGAGAGGCUGAGAGGACUGGUUGCUUUGAGGAUGGAUGUGCAGAGAAGUUGAGCUGAUUGAGGAGGACUUGUUCAUAAAGCUCACAAAAUACCGUCCACAACAGGUGUAUGACGGCUGCUUCUGCUCCAUCUGCGUCUGCCGCUGAUGAGUAAAGCCAUGAAAUAGAUCCAGCUGGAGAUGUGCGGAGGAGACUGAGGCCUCCUGGGAAAUCAUCCACACCUCCACCAGCACCGUGUCCACUUCUUUAGCACCCCAGAGAGCCAUCAAUAAGUGGAUGUAACGUAGCGGCCUUCAUGCCGGAGGCUGCCGGCUUUGAGGGCGUGUUGGACCGGGCAGCUCUGCAGGAGUUCUCCGUCUCCAGCGGAGACAGCUUCUGGGCCGCUGCAGCGCGUCACAGGCUCAGCUGGAUCAGUCCUUUCCACACCGUCCAGGACUGUGACCUGAGCAUGGGGAAGAUCAAGUGGUUUGAGGGAGGACAGUUGAAUGUGUCUGUGAACUGCCUGGACCGCCACGUGCACACCUGUCCGGAGAGGGUGGCCCUGAUCUGGGAGAGAGAUGAACCGGGGUCAGAGGUCAAGGUCACCUACAGGCAGUUACUGGAGAUGACAUGUCGCCUGGGCAACCUGUUGAAGCGGCGUGGCGUGAAGAGAAGGGACUGUGUCACCAUCUACAUGCCUCCUUGCCCUCUGGCUGUGGCGUCCAUGUUGGCCUGCGCCCGCAUCGGUGCGGCUCACAACGUGGUGUUUGCCGGGUUCAGCUCCGAGGCCCUCGCAGAGCGAAUCAGAGACGCCCAGUCCAGCACCGUCAUCACGGUGAACCAGGGCGUCAGAGGGGGAAAGGUCACUGAACUGAAGAAGACGGUAGAUACGGCAGUUCAGAGCUGCCCGACGGUACAGCAGGUGUUUGUUGCCAUGAGAACAGAGAAUCCGGUCGCCAUGACAGCCAGGGACGUUGCCAUGGAGGAGGAGAUGCUAAAGGAGGAUUCGGUGUGUGAACCAGCGGCCAUGGACAGCGAGGACGUCUUGUUCCUGCUUUAUACAUCAGGCAGCACAGGGAAGCCCAAAGGACUCGUCCACACUCAGGCUGGAUACCUGCUUUAUGCUGCACUCACACACAGGUAUGUCUUCAGCUACCAUGAUGGAGAUGUGUUCGGCUGUGUGGCAGAUAUUGGUUGGAUAACAGGACACAGUUACUGUGUCUACGGGCCUCUGGCCAACGGGGGAACCACUGUCCUGUUUGAGAGCACUCCCAUUUACCCCGACCCAGGAAGGUACUGGGAGAUGGUUCAGAGACUUAAGAUAAACCAGUUUUACGGGGCUCCCACAGCGAUCCGCCUGCUGCUCAAGUACGGAGACCAGUGGGUGCAGAAAUACGACCGCUCAUCCCUCAAAACUCUCGGCUCUGUGGGUGAGCCCAUCAACACUGAAGCAUGGGAGUGGUACCACAGAGUGGUUGGGGACGGACGCUGCCCUGUGGUGGACACCUGGUGGCAAACAGAGACAGGUGGCAUCUGCAUUACCCCAAGGCCAUCAGACCCAGACGCAGAGAUUGUCCCAGGAAUGGCUAUGAGACCUUUCUUUGGCAUUAAGCCCGCGCUCAUGGACACUGAGGGAAAAGUGCUGACUUCCAACCACACAUCUGGAGCUCUGUGUAUAGCUCAGCCGUGGCCUGGUAUGGCCCGAACCAUUCAUAACGACCACCAGAGAUUCAUUGAGACCUACUGUCAGCCUCAUCCAGGUUACUUCUUUACUGGUGAUGGCGCCUAUCGCUCUAAGGAGGGGUAUUACCAAAUCACGGGCCGCCUCGAUGAUGUCAUCAAUGUGAGCGGCCACAGGAUUGGGACAGCAGAGAUAGAGGAUGUGGUGAAUCAGUGCUCUGCAGUGGCUGAGUCUGCCGUCAUAGGAUACUCGCAUAACAUCAAAGGACAAGGUGUUUAUGCCUUUGUGGUGCUAAAAAAGGAUGUGGACAUUCAAGAGGUGGACCUGUCCCGGCAGCUAAACGACAUGGUAUCUAAAAAGAUCGCCAAGUACGCCUGUCCAGACUUCAUCCAGUUCGUCCAGCGGCUGCCAAAGACGCGCUCAGGUAAGAUAAUGCGGCGGGUGCUGCGGAAAGUGGUGGAGCGAGACUUGAACGGGUUGGGUGACCUCAGCACGCUGGAUGAUCCUGCAGCAGUUCAAGAGAUCAUCCAAGGUCACCGUGAGCUCUGUAGUAAACAACAACCUUGACGAUGUGUUUCCUGAAAACAUUCUCAUCUAAAGAGGAAUAUAAAAGUGAUGCUUGCACGUUACUCUCUAUUUCACUCAACCAGACUGGUCCAUUUGUAUCAAAAAUAAUUAUAAAGGCCAAUUUUUUCUUUUCUUUUUUAUUGUACAUAUUGACAAUUUUAUGAAAUUAGGUAAACAACUCUUUAUGGGGCAGUUCACAUGCCGCGUUUUUUGCGCCAUUAAAUUCAUUGUCAAUGUAGACGUACAAAAGGUGAGCUCGAGAGCGACCUGUCCGAGAUAAAAAUCGUUAAACUUUUGGAACACAGCAUGUCAUGUGACGAGGAACAACCAAUCAAAGCCGGCAGAUAUCUCCUUUUCCAGAAAUCUCGGUCUACGGUUGAUAUAUGGAGGAGAAGUUAAAGUGACUACGUUUUUACAUGUAUACGUGCACCUUGGAUAAAAGGACGAAAGCGGCACGGCUGGCGUUUUAGACGCGUCAUGUGAAAAGCCCCAAAACCUAUGUAUAAUCUACAGAUGUACUUUCUCUUCAUAGGACUUACAGAGACCUGAGAAAAUAGUGUUUGUUACAAAAUAAGAAUGAAUGGAAUGAUUGUAAACAUAAUACAAUAAACAAAU